AUGAAAGAAACACAUCUUCUGCGUACUUUAGUUUAUCUACUUUUUCGAUUCAUUCACAUAGUUCUACUGAUCGAGUCGGAUAUCUAUGCCUUACUUCUUCGAUUAUUUGAUAAAAAAUCCGCUGACGACGAAGUUGAAAUAUUUAAUAUAUUUACCAGGUAUAGACACUUUUUUUAAAACAUUGAAUAGGUUUUUCAGAUUCCGAUUUGACUCCACAGAUGUGACGAAAGAAUCUGACUUUUUGUCAUUCCAUGAAAAGACUGCUCUUUUUGAGGAAUUAUGUGAUAAAGGGUAAGUUUUGUAUGAUUUAAGAGUUCCAUAUCGUCUCUGUUUCAGAUGGUUUAUCUAUAGUAUCACUGACCGAUAUUUGUAUCUGGUAAAGGUACCUUCAUCGAAAGAUGACGUAUCUUUUUCUAUUGACAAAUGCUCCAAGUUAUCAAAUUACCUUUAUCAAAAUGCCGAAAAACUUGCUCGUAUUCAAAUCGAUGUUUUUGAAAGGGUAUCCAGAUCACUCCCUCCUUUCCGCGGCAAACUUGUCAUUAUUCACUCAGCUCCAGGGAGUGGAGGAGAAACGAUCGGAAAACUUCUUCAAGCAUAUGUUGAAUCAAAAUCUUCUCUUUUGGUUCUAGGUAGGACAACCUUUGCACGGGACGAUAUUCUGGUUUUUAGGAGAGCCACCAGUAUUGACCGCCUUGUCAUUGGCAUCAAACAUCGUGCCAAUUGAAGAGAUGAGAAAACUGUGCAAAGCCACAUUGAGGUUUUCAAUGAUCCAUCAGGAAAUUAAUCAAACAGUUGUUAUGAAUGCGAGAGGGUCGUGUACAAGAAUUGUCCCAUUCAUCCACGCAGAGCUUCCAUCUAUUCAACACGCUUUUUUAUUCCGAAAGAACUAUUACAAUGUCAUUUCUCAACUAGUGGUUGAAACUUCUGUGGAAUUUCCGCUUUUUGCGUUUCUCACGCGGUUCUACAACAACUGGAAAUGGUUGGGUAGUGUAGUUUCGAGCUGGGGAGAUUUGGAAGAAGAGAUGAUGAGAAGGGUUGGCCCGAAAACCGAGGUAGAAUUCGCAAUGGUUCAAGUUUAUGGAUGCAUUCUGAACUACCGCCGGAAUAAGCAUUAUUUUUCUAUUGAAUUGCCGUUUAUUGAAGAUAUCGUGAGUUGAAUGAAAAAAGUUUGAAGUAACACGUGGCCUUAAGGAGAGUGCAGCUGAAAGUUUCUUCGACGCUAGGAAAAACGCAUAUUUACAAGCCCACGUAACAAAUUAGAAUUUCCUCAUUUUCUAUGAACACAAGCUUUUCGAAACUUGGGCUAUUAAGUAGUUAGAUUCUCAGAACCGUUUGAAAGUUCACGUGUUCAUUUAUUCAUUGCUCAAUCAAAACUUUUCAGAAAUGAAAAAGUAGAAAAAAGAAAGAAAUUGACAGAUCCCGUUUGCGUUUUAUUAAAUAAGAAUGAUGAUUUCGGAACAAAAUAUUUUGAAGUUCUCACAAAAGGCCAUAUUAAGUAAUCCACACUGAAAAAUCUUUAUAAUCGUGACUAUAGUCAGAGAUUACUGUAGUUUUCCAGAUAACUGAUACAGCCACUACUAUGCGACCAUUGCUAAAGUUGUGUGACAUUUCUGAUUUGACAAUAACAGAAUGUAUCGAAUGGAAAAGAAAUGAAGAAUCCGCGUUGAGAGAAAUGUGGGAUACAUUAAAAUUGAGUGAUGAAAACUAUGCAAGAGUGAAGAAUCUAAUUGAAAUAAUUCAGCAGGAUAUAUUUAUCUUAUAAAUACAUAUUUAUAUAUCCAUUAAUUAUUUUUUGAAAAAAUGAAUGAAGGAACUGCAAAAAUUUAUCGAGGAGCUUUUGAGAGAUAACUGAACAGUUGUUACUUCUGCGGCCGCAACGACCACCACAACUGACCUAAAAAAUUUUCUCACAAUUUUGAAAAGAAGAUGCAUAUAAUAGUUUAGAAUAUACAAAGAUAAUUUAAUCUUGUUGAGCAGAUGCAGAUGCAGAAAAGCUACCAAAGAAUAAUGGAGUUUCGGUUGCCAUAGAAAAUUUGUUCUCGUCGCUUUUGCCUCUCACGUUUUCUCUCUUAUAUUGCCCCUCUACUAAUAUCAUUCAGUGGAAAUCUAUAUGUCAAAUUAUACCUCGCUUAUCGAUGAUAUAACUUUACUGGAUACAGCUUCCACAGAGGAACCAUUCCCAUCCCCUGCAGAUCCAUUUGCUAACUACAUCAAUAUCACUGAUCAUGACAUUUAUGAAAAUGGAAACAAAACUAUUGGCGACAGAUUUUUUGGAUAUUUAAGUAGGCAUUAAAUAGGACUUUGAACUCAAAAUCAAAAAUAUCAGAUAUUGAUCCUGUUAUCACUUAUUUCAUUUGCAUUUUAGCUGGUAUCGUGGUGAUAGUGGCUAUUAUCGCCCUGGUGAUAUGGCUAAAAAAUCACAAAAGGUAAGGACUAUAUGAAAUCUCCAUUCAAUAUCUAUUCUCCAUUUUUUUAGUAGAGUAAUAAUUGGAGGAAGUAAUACAGAAGCCGGCUCCGGAGAGAGCUCAGGGUUUGUUCUCUCUAUUUUAUUAAUUUAAUGUGUCGUCACUAGAUCCUGCGACUACAAUGCUGUCAAGAUUAAACGUUUCUGCGAGCAAUCCGCAACUACUUUUAUUUUCCAGAUGCUACUCAUGCUUGUUGUGCUUCCAAUCAAAUCCAAAAGUGAUUGCCCGACAAAAUUCAGCUAGUAACCUCGAAUUCUAUGGAAGGCCAGCGCUCCCUCCAUCAGCAUAUCAAAAUCCACGACCAGAUUCACAAGGUAAAGACAUGUUACGAUCGCCGGUCACAUCUUUCGCAAUCUACCAAACAUGAACACUUAAUUACGCAAGAGCCCCUGCUCGGAUAUAUCACUCGCCCCCACAUUUUCGGAGUGAAAAUUUUUGAAAUUGAAAGCGAAAAUUACAAGUAAUUAUAUGUUGUCGCGUUUUUCAGAAUCUUUCACCAUAAGCUCGACGAAUCUGGGAAUGUACAUAGAUGAAAUCGAGGAGAUUCCAGUUCGACCUGUACCAAACUCUGGUUAUCGAGAAUUACCUACAUAUAGAUAUCAGAAAUAUCAAGUUCAUGUUUAAAGUUUUGACGGUGAUAUGAAGUUGUUUCGAAUUUUAUAUGGGUUUCUAUCUAAAAAUCUGCUCUCGAUAGUUUUCAGGCUGCAAAUUUGGUUGAUGCUCCUAGGGGCACCAAAGUAGGAGACAACGCCCUCUCAGGAAUCAUCCUCUGGGAGCAACCACUCCAAGGAGGGGCAACUGCUUCAAGGGGUCGACGAAGAGUCAACGUGUUCAGAUGUUCGGACACUCCUAGAGGUCAACGAAGUAGGGGUCCACGAGGGGUCACUUGCUCAGAGAGGUCAACUGUUUUUAUAAGGGCAUGUUUGCAGAAUGGGCAUCCAGAGAAGUCUCACAGUGGGCAACCAGUCAAUAUUCCCAGGGGACAACAGUAGUCUCACAGGUUCAUCACUCUUCAGUACUUUCAAUAAAAAUUCCGUAGUUUCUGAAAAUGGAAACUGCUGAAAUUUGUUACUUAGUCAGAAUUAUAAACUCUUAAAUGUGGAGACUAGUCAAAUUCUUGGUGAGCACAAUCCGUCAUCAGUGUUAUUUUAGUAGUGCGCAGGCGUAUUUAUGCAUCAGUGCCAAAUUGCAUGCUUUCUUUGAGCCAAAAUUCUCCGUUAUUAUGGCUCAAUCAACACUAUCAAUUAGAGUCUCGUGAAGAAGACGUGGGUGGAGCAUCUAACUCUCUCUCUCUCUUUCUCUUCCAAAUUCGGAAAACUAUAUAAGGCUGUGGUUUUUCACUUCAAAUUACUUUCUUCUCAACAAGAUGGUGUCCUUUCUAAAGCAUCUCAGAAUCGAUCAAGGCGACUCGCCGUUGCGUGACAGAACUCCUACAAUCACGCCACGAACUCCGCUGAGCCCCCCUAGAACUCCAUGCUCUCCGUUUGUGCUCAAUGCCACGUCAUUUUGCUUUAGAAAAGGUGAGUACUUUAGCGAAUCGCGAUAAGCUUCAAUUCAUACUUUCACGUCACUACGUGGUCCUGAUGAGAGAAAUUUAGCUUUUUUAUGUGCUUUUUUUAGGCCCCGCUCGCUCUGUUGUUUACCAACCGAAUGGACAUCCAAAGCAAGUCGUCAUUGACGGGGAAAUCUGGCCACCAAUAUUCAAACCAAAAAAUGUUCGAUCUGCGAAAAUGAUGCAGUUCGGCGAAACCGACGUGGUUAUAGCUACUUAUCCGAAAUGUGGCACUACGUGGCUUCAGCAUAUCACAUCUCAACUUGUCAAAGGACCGGAUUAUAAGACCGGCAAGGGAAAUGGUAAAAAGAGUAGGAACUUCGAGUUAUAUAGUACUAAUUCCUUUAGAACUUUGUCUUCAAAGUCCAAUGAUCGAAAGAAUGGGGGCCCAGUUUGCUAAUGAAAUCAAGAGCCCAAGAGUUCUUAAAACUCAUUUUCACCAUAUGAACAUUCCAAAGUUCUCAUCAACCAAGUACAUUUAUUGCGUCAGAAAUCCCAAAGAUUGCUUGACGAGCUACUUCCACCACAACAGAAACUUCAAGAUUUACAACUGGGCCAACGGUACAUGGGAUGUUUUUGUUGACCUCUUCGCGUCUGGCCAACUAGCGUUCGGAGAUUUCUUCGAACAUCUUCUAUCGUGGCUUCCUUAUCUGAAAGACGAAAAUGUCCUGUUUCUCAAGUACGAAGACAUGAUCGCCGACUUGGAGGAUUCUGUGAUCAAAGUAUUACCUUUUAAAGGGACUCUUUAAUCUAAAUAUAUCCAUGAUUCUUUAAGAUUGGUCAAUUCUUGGGUGGAGAAGCUCAGGCACGUGCUGAGGAUGCCGCAAUCCUUCGUAUUAUCGUGGAGAACAGUACCAUCGAUGCGAUGAAAAAAGAUCAGAAGCGCUGGUUCCCAGAAUCACAGCUUCACAAGUCGGAAUUUAUUAGAAAAGGUGGAAGCCGCGAUUGGAAGAACUACUUUACUAGAGAGCAAAGUGAUCGUAUCGACUCUAUCUUUGCUACGAAGUUUGGAGGAUCGGCUGCCGAAACGUGAGUGCCUUACUUUAUUUCAUUGUUAAAUUACACGUUAAACUGAAAUUUAAGAUUUUCCUUGGUUCCUCAAAAUGCUUCCUUACUCAAAACGUUUCAGAUGGUGGAAGAUGGAGAUGGCUUGGGAUGAUAAUAUGCCAUCUAUAGAACAUCUGUGCAUCACAGAUGGCAACGAAAUUCUGACUGAAAAUCAGGAACUGUUCCAACUUCCUCCACUCCCUCAGAGAAGAUUCUCAAGAACUUCCUUGUUGUCCGCAGGGUAUGGGAGUACCUGGUCUCUUUCUUCCGCAGCUAACAACAGCAAUUACAACUUGAGCAGCAUUCUUUCGAAUUCUAAUAACACUAACAGCACCACCGAAUAACUCGCGUAUUUUUUUAUAUUUCAAAUCUUGUAUUUGAUGUCAAUGAUAUAUUGUUUGGUUUGUUUCAUUUUUUAAUUAUGGGAGGAGAAGUUGAUUCGCAUUCGAAAUUACCUUCUUUUCGUAACCUUUCUUCGAAUUAUCACGAAUUCCAAUACAAUGUUGAAGAGAAUACACCUUUAUCCCAAAAGCUUGAUUUACUGAAUAUUUAACCAGUAUAAUCACUUUUUUUGUCUUAAAUAAAGAUCUUAUCAUGCAAUGUUUCGACGAAUAAGGAAACUAUUCCGACAGAAAAGGUUAUGUGCCAGGUCAUGCUCAAUUUGGAGUAUCUCAUGUCGAACGCCGACAACAAAGUGAAGACUGACGAGGAAAUUGACGACAUCGAGAAAGUCUUUGAAGAGCUCGUAUGA